CGUAGAUUUCUUGAUUCAUAAUAAAACGAACAUAUGCCAAUAAUAAUGGUGCAAAAGUUGACUCGUCCAGUUGUAUAGAGAAAUGGGUCUAUUGUUGCUUAAGGGAAUUCUUUUAAUGAUAUCAGAUGCAGGUUUGUGUAAAACAGUUUUGAAAACCUGUUCAACGGUUGGCAAAAUUAACUUCUCUCCGAUAGUAUGCGGUUUUCCGGAUUUUGCUAUAAGUAACGAGAUAUUGUAA